AUGGUUUCCGUAUCAGAUCCUAUUAUUGUCGUCGGCGUCGGCGCUGGCCUCUCGGUAGCACUACAUCUUGCUCUACGAGGCUACACAAAUGUCUCAGUGUUUGCAAAAGAUGUCUAUCGCGCAGCACAAGAUGCAGGCGUGAAAAUUUUCCUGGGACAACAAGUCGAUCAAAUAGCCUACGUGAGCACAUUGACUGGGAAAAAGAAUGCCGGUAUCCGCACAAGGAAUGGAUUCCAUCCCUCCUCGCUCGUUAUUAUCGAAGCCGGGGCUCGGGAUAAUGCAUCCGAAAUUGGCCAGUUGCAUGGCCCCAACUCCUUGGCCAUACCCCUCUCUUCUUAUACCAACACCAACUCGAAGUCCCUUGUCGAAUACGUCCCGCAAACGUCUUCUUCGGUUAUACUGCUGUCGAGAAAUUCGGUACAAACCUCCCAGAUAUCUUUGGUGGGACCGAUGGUCCUAGAUCUCUUGGCGGCAACGAGUGGUCAACAGUCGGAGAAUUCAUCUCAACCCUUGUCUAAGCUGUGA